GGGGGGGCAGAGCCAAGCUGUGGAUUCGUGCAAUCUCGCAUCAAUCACGAAGCAUGUUACCUGCCUGACACUUCCUGCUGUCAAACCCCAGCUGCGUUAGAAACGAUCUGUUUUUUCAGUAUCUAUAUUUCGAGAGACGGGGGUUGUGCUUCCGACAUGUCGAUUGUUUGCAUUUAUAAACUACACAUAAAAGACACGCUGGAGAUCGAGGGGAUGUUUCGGCCGCUUCUGCAGACGCUCGACUGUCUUAUUGGAAUAUUGGAGCUGUUGUGAAAUCGCUGGGAAAUAAUUCGCGUUUGCGGAGAAUCAUAUACCGAAACAUAUAUUUGUCGGCGAGUCGCCGUGUUGCAAAAGAAAACUGCGAGGGAUUUGUGCGGCUUGCUUGCUUUCACUGCGAGUCGGUGACAAGAGAGAUGGAUCCGGAAUCCAGUUGGUGCACCAGCUGAGGGUGAACUCCCCCCUGCUCACAGCCUAGCGGAUAGCAUGUACAAGAGGAAUGGUCUGAAGUCCAGUGUGGUGGUCACCUCAGCCACUCCAGAGGGCAGCAGCAGCUCGGACUCUCUGGAUGGCCGCAGUGUGGACUAUGAGAAGAGCUACGACGCGGUUGUGUUUGACGUGCUGAAGGUUACUCCGGAGCAGUUGGCUAGCCAGAUAACGUUAAUGGACGCACCGGUAUUUAAAGCGAUACAACCCGAGGUAAGCAGUCAUUCUGUUUUUUUUCAUUUUAUUUGUUUGUAGUUGCUUCUUCUGGAUCGCUCUUCUAGAAGUGUUAACCAAGGGUUUGAAAUCGCUUUUUGAAUUAUUAUUUGGCCCUUUUUUUUCAUUUGGUUCUUGGCAUGUCUUUCGCAACACAGUGGGGAAAAAAAGACUCCUACAGUAUGUUCC